UGUUUCAAACUCCUUUUGCAGUUACAGAGGCUGUUAGGUGCGCGUUCGGGCAGACUUGCAGGCAGCGGAGAGAACGGAGAGGAAGAAGAGAUGAGUGAGGAGAAGGAAGACGGGGAGGUGAAAGAGACACCCUUUGAGGCGGAGAUGGAUGAGGCAAUGGUGGUGGACGGGGGAGUUGGAGAGGCGGAGGACGGCGGCGCGGUGAAGGGGAAGGUUAGGGGGCCGUGGUCGCCGCACGAGGACGCGAUUUUGAGUGGGCUGGUGAGUAAGUUCGGGGCGAGGAAUUGGAGCCUGAUCGCUCGUGGGAUUCCGGGGCGGUCUGGGAAGUCGUGCCGCCUCCGCUGGUGUAAUCAGCUCGACCCUUGCGUCAAGAGAAAACCUUUUACUGAUGAAGAAGAUCAUAUAAUUUUAGAAGCGCAUGCAGUUCAUGGAAAUAAAUGGGCAGCAAUAGCAAAGCUUCUCCCGGGAAGAACAGAUAAUGCAAUAAAAAACCACUGGAAUUCCACACUGAGGCGUAGGAGUGUGAACUUUCGGAAAUCAACACCUGCAACCGUCCAGAUAUCACCUAGUACCAGUACUGAGCAGGUGAAGGCAUCUUCAGAAGAAACAUCAUUAGGUGGAGCUCUUAACUCAUUCAAGCACUUGGAGGAACUCGAACAUAGGUCAAUGGUAAAUCAACCUAGCAAAGCCAAAGACAUAGCUCAAAUCACCUGGAACUCUCAUUCUCUUAAACCAAAAUCUCCCAAUAUAUCUGGUGGAGCUGUAAAAUCAUUUAGGUCCUCAGGAUUGGAGGAUGUUAAACUGAUGGAACAAGAACAGCGAAGACAGUUUGAAGGCAAAAUUCAAGCUUCUACAGGCAGUUGUGUUUUGAAACAAAAUCCACUCACUGCUGAAACUAGUUAUCCCUCUGCUGAAGGGAGCCCGCCAGUGGUUUCUCGCCCAGUUGCAAGAAUUGGUGCGUUCAAUGUAUAUAACUCUGCUAGCCAUGACUCUACUUCCGCAGGAACUGACCCAUUGCAGGGACCAUUGUUUCAAGCAUCUGAUGUGGAUUUUGGAAUAUGCAAGUUUCUUGAUGUUGCAUCUGGUGACCCAGUGGUUCCAUUGCGAUGUGGCCAUGGUUGCUGUGCAGCUUCCAGCAUGCAUUCUUCUCGGAGCUCAUUAUUGGGACCAGAGUUCGUUGAAUAUGAAGAAUUGCCCACUUUCUCGAGUCACGAGUUGACAUCCGUGGCCACUGAUUUGAAUAAUAUUGCACGUAUCAGAAGUGGUUUAGAGAGUACUCGAAGGAUUCCAGUUCAUGCCAAUGGCCAAAUAAUACCUGCAUGUGCCCCUAUGCAUAUGGAUAUGGAAGAGAACGUGAAAAAUGAUAAAUUCCUACUUGAGGAACGAAAUUUAUUUGCUGGCACGACUAGAGACGUAGCGUCCAACCAGAGAAUGAUGCCAACAUUAACUCUGCGAGCUCAGGUAGAAGGCUUGAGCUAAUACUUGAACUUCUUUUUCAUUUACUCUGAGAGCUCAGGUAGAAGGCUUGAACUGAUACCUGAACAACUUUUUGACGGCACCGUGACUUGUGGAGUGGGAGAUUUUGGUUCAGGAAGUCCUGAUUUAUGGACAUUAGUUCUCAACUAAACGGGCUGGAAGCAUUAGAUCUUGUGAAGACUCUCGGUUUUAACCGAUCAUAGGAAUUCUAGAAAUUUUGUUUCAUUAGCAAGCAGUUGAUAUAUAUGAUUUCUACAAGACUGGGUCCGCAAACACUCUCUGAUAUCAGUGGCUUUAUCAUUCU